AUGUCUGAUUCGCCACUUGAAUCAACUGAAUUUGAAUCAAGUACCACUCCAACCAUGGAAAGUACACAAAAUCUAGAUGUUUUUAUUACAGCUGAUAACGAAGAAGUAGAUGCAGCAGCUACAGCUAGUGUAGAACACGUUGAUGCAACCAACAAUGAAGAACCAACUCCAUUCACUAUAAAGAAGAGAAAGAAGACUUCGGGAGUUUGGGAACAUUUCUGGAUGCCUGGCAAAUCAGAUUCUUCAUCUAUGGUUCGAAAUUGGAAGUUUGACAAUGCAAAGAUGAGAGAGGUUAUUUCCCACAUGACCAUGGUUCAUGAAUUACCUUUUAAUUUUGUGGAGUAUGGACUGUUUAAUGUGGUAAUGAAAGAAGCAAAUCCAGGAUUUAACAAGAUCUCACGUGCUUCUGUUAAACAAGAUUGUAUUUCCAGUUAUGAGAUUGAAAAGAAAAGAGUUCAAAAAUUGUUGGAUUCUGUCAAGCGUGUGAGCAUCACUACAGAUAUGUGGACAUCGAAUCAAAACAUCCAUUACAUGUGUCUAAAGGAGUGGAACAUUGAGACAAAGGUGGUGACUUUGACAGUGGACAAUGCUAAGACUAAUGAUGUGGUGGCUAGAAAAUUGAUGGAAAAUUUGAAUCUUCAGAAGAAACUUGAUGUCGGUGGAAAAUUAUUUCAUGUACGGUGUUGUGCACAUAUUCUUAAUUUGUUAGUUCAAGAUGGUCUUGGAGAAAUUGAAGAAAUAAUUCAUAAUGUUCGUGAGAGUGUGAAACAUGUCAAUGCCUCUCCGGGUCGAUUGCAUAUUUUUAGUGAACUCGCCAAACAACUUUCAAUGCCAAAAAAGCACUUGAUUUUAGAUGUUAGUACCAGGUGGAAUGCUACAUAUGCUACUGCUUUAGAGUUCAAAGAAGUGUUAUUGAAUUAUGCCGAUCGAGAGUCUACAUACACUACUUUACUGAGCGAGGAAGACUGGAAAAAAGUUGAAGAGGUUUGCUCAUUCUUGGCACUUUUCAAUGAAGCUACAAAAAUCAUUUCAGGUUCCGAAUAUCCUACAUCCAAUUUAUUUCUUAGCGAAUUGUUUGGGAUAAAACAAGCAUUGGAUGCAGUAGUUUUAGGAGGAAGUGAUUACAUGGUAGCUAUGGCUAUGAAGAUGAAGAAAAAAUUUGACAAGUAUUGGGGUACUUGUAACUUGUUAAUUUCAAUUGGUGUCAUUUUAGAUCCCAGGUAUAAAAUGAAAUUGCUUGAGUUUUCUUUCCAUACUAGUUAUUCAAAUGAUGAGGCUUCGAGAGAAAUGCAAAUAGUUCGAUGUAUUUUAUAUGAGUUGUACCAAGAAUAUGUUGAGGCUCAUAAAGCAGCAAAUAUUGUUUCAUCUACUGAUGGGAGUCAAAGUGUUAGUAUUGGUGGUACUUCUAAGAGUAGUGUUAGCUCCUUAUUCAGUCAGUUUGGUAAAGGUAUUAAAACUGACACAGCUAAAUAUGACCAACAUAUUAGAAGUGUCGAUACUUUUACAUUUGUCAAGUCAGAAUUGGACACUUAUUUGGAGGAAGGAGUUUUAAUUGGUGAGUCUGGUGUAUAUUUUGAUGCCUUGGGAUGGUGGAAGGAGAACAAUCUUAAAUUUAACAUUUUGUCAAAAAUGGCUGCUGACAUAUUGGCAAUUCCGGUCACUACUGUUGCUUCUGAAUCUGCUUUCAGUGCUGGUGGGAGGGUUAUUGAUCCGCAUCGAUCCUCUUUAGGAACUAAGAUGGUAGAUAUGCUUGUUUGUGGAGCUGAUUGGUAUCGUCAAUACUAUGGGUUGGAGAAAAAUAAAAACAAGCAAAACGAAGAUAUCAUACGCGUUGAGCUUCCUUGA